AUGAUAGAUAUACUGUAGGCUAUUAAAAGCCAAUCCAGCGGAUUUUGAAAUAGAAUGACAUUUGAACUACGUAUGGUUAGCAGACGGUCUUCUAAAAGCUUGUGAGUGAACAAGUUGAGUUUACUUUAAGGGAAAUAACUUCAGAAGGAAAUACGUCUCUUAGUUUCGAAAAUCAACGCUCAAUGGUCAAGUUUUUGUUUCUCGAAGGCCAAAGCCACAAACUUAUGUAGGUUUAGUGAAAGCCUUAGGCAAGAACGCUUUAAGCGAAUGUACAGUAUGUCUCGAGAACGCAGAUUGGAGAGUUGAAGACCAGCGAAGAGGUGAUCAAAUGUCGGAGCCCGAAGCCUUAAAACGCAUUGCUUCAAUCGAAAAGACUUUUCACGACAGCAAAGUUUCGAAUCUAAAGGCUUUGUGAGCCGAAAUUGGCAUUUCACAUGCAACAUGUUACAGAACUAUAAUCUAAUCACUGACAAUGCGGUAACUAAGUAAGAAAUAGUGACCGUGUUAAUUGAUGCCAGGCUUAUUAGAAAUGCGUAUGGUGUAUUCUACUUGUGGAACUAACAAAACCUGGCUGGAACAUAUGGUCGCCAUACAGGAGGCAUCGUUCAAAAUCUACCUUCAGCCAAAGAAAGAACGGAGUUGCCUUGGAGAGAAAUCAAGUUCGGUGGUGAUCUCAAGUAACUUUGGACAUAAAGCUACGGUAACAGUCACAAUGGAUAUCAGGGGCAACCACAACUAUGUACUAGCCGAAAAUAAACACAGCCUGCUAUCUCGGGCUUUUCAAGAGGUUCAUGGACAGUUGGCACGCCAGUCGAAAGCACGCAAUCUGGUUACAACGUCAGACCUCGUCGCCACGCUUCAGUUACUUUCUGGAUUGAGCAAAGACAUGUGCGGGACAAUACUUUUGAAUGCAUUGCAGGUAGGCAAACUAUCAUGUGGUCAUCAGAUCUGUGGAGCUUGUUUUCGUGGUGCUCAGUCAACCGUCGAGAAAUGCUAUCUCUGUAUUUUAAAUGCUGCAGAGCUAAACAGAUCGAACAUGCGAGUUAUUUCGGCAGCCAGUAGUGAUGCCGAGACCCUACAAGGUCUGGACAAGGAUGAUGGCAAAGAAAUUGAAAGAGCGAAAGAAAACCUGUUUUGUAUAAAUGAUGGAUGCGACUUCAUAGGUUCGAGUGUUGAAUUGGCACCUCAUAGGGAGCAUUGCAAAUUUCGACUGCUGUCAGGUUACGAUUCCGAAAGUCUUGAAUUAUCGGUCGCCUCAUCUAUGGAAAACGCUGCGAAUUCUAAGCGACAACUUACACUCAUUGGGCUAUCAAAACAGAUGGAUGACGUGACGGAACGGCUCAAUGCAGUUACUAAAAAACUCGAAAACUGGCAACGAACGAACGGCCGAGAAAAUCAUGAAGGGACUCAGAAAACUGCUGAAGGAGGUUAUAAAGCGAAGGCAGAACUAUUCCGAAAUGGUUUCUUCGAAAUAGCUUUAACUGCCAUGAUUACCGCUUUCAUUGUUCAUUGGUACUCUGUCAACAGGGACUUCUCUGUAGUUCGUGAAAACGAAGGCAUCGCUGCACAAUCCUUAGCUAGUGGUCCUCGAGGCAUUGCAUUUUCGUUUUCGGGAAUCGAUGAGCUUAUAGCCAAGGCCCGCUUCAACAAACGAGACAUGCUCAUAUCCAAACCGAUACGUAUGGAACAGUACAAAGUAAAGCUCGGUUUUGGUGGUUCGUUAAGUCCUGAUGGCAAUGAAGUAAAUCUGUGGGUAAGCGCCAUAAUUAACAAAAAUGAUGACAAUGACUGGCCCGUCGGCGAAGUUCUUCGGCUAGCCCUAGAGCACCCAGAUCCCGAAAGAAGAAGAAGCUACGAUUUUCUGUCAGACCAUGCGGGAACGUGGAAAGAAAACAUCAGAGUGCAUAAAGGUAAAUUGGUGUUCCGCCAAAUGCAGGUUGAGACAACGAAAACGACGAAAUAUCUGCGGUUUUCCUGUCUUCUCACUUAUGAGGAAGCUCUUGCUGCUGGGUAUGUUAAGCACGACAGCGCUUCUGUGGGACUUUCUAUUCGUAUCUGAGCUCAUAACGAACAUGCAUUGGUACAAACUAUGUGCCUAUGCAUAGGAAAAAAUACCUUACCGAAAUCUUAUUGACAACUAAAUGAACCCCAUAUGAAUCAACAAAUGUGUAUUCUUUUUUAAGUGAUGUAUAUGUGAAAUAUAUGUAUAUUUAUAAUAUGAGAUCUAUGUUAUUUUCCAUGUACUGAUAUGUGCCAUAACGAACAUAAAUAAGCGGUGAGGCGAUCGUAACAUCCUGACAAAUGCCGUGUGAUUUAGACCGCUAAUACUAGAAAACUGCAGCAACGACCACGUAUUGUCUAUAGCAUUUUGGUGCGUGUCUAACCACGCCAAAGAAGUCCGCUAUACACAUUUGAGUUAGACUCUGAACGCUAAUCCUAGCUGCUCUUAAAUGAAGUCGAAUGUUUUGAAUGCAGGAAGAACUGGAUCAACUGAUUACACUUUUGUAUAAAUCUUUCGCAAAACAGUGUACUCCUCUUGUUUUCCUAAUCUGUUCACUCAUAUAAAAUUGAAGUGAUUCCAAACUUGAUACAUUGACAUUCGGGUUUUAACUUUCGAAAUGGCACAAGCGCGUUUCGUCCGCCGACAUUGAAAGCCAAUUUAAACGUUCUGUUAUUGUAAACUGCUCUGGACAGCAGUGUUGUCCAGAGUGCGUAUUAAUAUUAGUAGGUUAGUACAUUAUGUUUAUGCAAAGCCUCGUACUGGACAACCUAGGAAUUUAUACUUGUAUCGACUAUUAUAUGAAUUAUAAAAAUAUCGUUAAGUAACGUAAAACUAUUUAUUAUCAUUCCACGAUUUAUUUGGCGUCACCUGUACACAAGGACAUGAGUGAGACGUAAUGAAAUAUUUGAAUAGUAAAUAAAAAGCGAUUUUCGUCAAA